AUUCUCGUUCAAACUUUCACUUCGGGUGGCGGUUUUUGAGCAUUCCGCUUCUGGUUGGGGCCAAAAACUUGUCGGGGGAGUUACGGUUCCGCAGAAACAGUUAUGUUGCAGUAAUACUCGUACACGCACGCAAUCACGGCCGGAAAAUAACUACAUAUAUAUAGCCAUGGCUACCAUACGGAGUCGCCACAAUGGAGCUUCUACAACAACGGCGACAGAGGAAGAGCUCCAGACCAGCAGCAGCAACAACAACAAUAGCAAGCUGGGAAAGGGAAAGGGCAACCAGGAGAAGAGCGACCCCAUGAUAUACAUCAUCUUUAUAUCUCUGCUUUUUGAUCUGCUGGCAUUCACCAUUAUUCUACCACUGCUGCCGUCGCUUUUGGAAUAUUAUCGCCAGAAUGAUACAUCCGGCUUGUACGCCGUGCUCACGGAGCGCGUUCGAUGGUUUCAGCAGCUCCUCGGAGCGCCUGAGCGGUAUAUAUCGGUGCUAUUCGGUGGCUUCCUCGGUUCCAUGUUCAGUUUCCUGCAAUUUGUGGCGAGCCCGAUUGUGGGCGGGCUCUCGGAUUACUACGGCAGGAAACCGGUGCUGUUGGUUUGUGCGUCUGGCAUCGCCUUGUCCUAUCUGAUCUGGGCCUGCUCCAGUAAUUUCGCCUUGUUCGUUCUGGCCCGCUUUGUGGGCGGCAUCAGCAAGGGUAACAUCUCGCUGUGCAUGUCCGUCAUCACGGAUGUGUCCAGCGUGAAAACCCGUGGUCGGGGCAUGGCCCUGGUGGGCGUGGCCUUCUCGCUGGGCUUCAUUGUGGGACCCAUGAUUGGAGCCCUAUUCGCAAUAUUCUCCGAUAAGAGUGGAGGAUCUUGGUUUGUGCUCCCCUCGCUCCUUGCCUUUGGUCUGGCUGCAGGCGAUCUCCUGGUGCUAGCCUGCUGUCUCCGAGAGACUUUGCCCAAGGAGAAACGUGUUAAGGAGAUUUCAUCUGCCCUGUCAUAUGGCCUGCAAUUGCUCAACUUCUCGGCCAUAUUUAGAUUCGCUGCUAUCAAAAAUGUCCCAAAAAAAGACAUUGAGGCCUUGCGAUCAAUUGGACUGAUAUACUUCCUUUACCUCUUUCUGUACUCCGGCUUGGAGUUCACCGUCACCUUUCUGAUGUACCACAAAUUUGGGUACACCUCCAUGGACCAGGCCAAGAUGUUUUUGACAACCGGUGUUAUCAUGACAUUGCUGCAGGGAUCGGUGGUUCGUCGCCUCCCCGAGGCAAAGAUCAAAGGCUAUGCCAUUUUUAGUCUGUACCUGAUUGUCCCGGCCUUCGUAUUAGUUGGCCUGGCCGAAAGCAGUCGAUUGCUCUACGCCGGCAUGAUCCUCUUUGCCAUCUCAACGGCCUUCGCUGUUACCUGCCUCACCACCCUGGUGUCCAAGUAUGGCAAUGAUGACCAGAAGGGUUCAGUAUUAGGCAUUUUUCGCUCCCUAGGAGCUCUUGCUCGGGCGUUGGGUCCCGUGGUGGGCAGUAUUGCUUUCUGGUGCGUAGGCUCAAAGAUCACCUAUAUAGCCGGUGGACUUCUGCUCAUUUAUCCAGCCUUGGCCUUGCAGCGUGUUCGCAUUUAGAUGCAAUAAGCACAAAGUGAAUUAACCAUUUUAGAGAACAACGCAAGUAUUAGUUGCACAUUAUACUUAAUUUAUUG